CUCUGACAAGAACCCAAUGCCCAACCCCAGGCCAGCCAAGCCCGUGGCCCCUUCCCUGGCCCUUGGUCCAUCCCCAGGAGUCUUGCCAAGCUGGAAGACUGCACCCAAGGCCUCAGAGCUCCUAGGGACCAGGGGUCCUGGGGGAGCCUUCCAAGGCCGGGACCUUCGAGGUGGGGCUCACACUUCUUCCUUGAACCCCCUGCCACCAUCACAGCUGCAGCUGCCUACAGUACCCCUGGUCAUGGUGGCACCCUCUGGAGCCCGACUAGGCCCCUCACCCCACCUGCAGGCACUUCUCCAGGACAGACCACACUUCAUGCAUCAGCUCUCCACUGUGGAUGCCCAUGCCCAGACCCCUGUGCUACAAGUGCGCCCGCUGGACAACCCGGCCAUGAUCAGCCUCCCACCACCUUCUGCUGCCACUGGGGUCUUCUCCCUCAAGGCCCGGCCUGGCCUGCCACCUGGGAUCAACGUAGCCAGUCUGGAAUGGGUGUCCAGGGAGCCGGCUCUACUCUGCACCUUCCCACGCUCAGGGACACCCAGGAAAGAUAACAACCUUCUGGCUGCCCCGCAAGGAUCCUACCCACUGCUGGUAAACGGAGUCUGCAAGUGGCCUGGUUGCGAGAAGGUCUUCGAGGAGCCAGAAGAGUUUCUUAAGCAUUGCCAAGCAGAUCACCUCCUGGAUGAGAAGGGCAAAGCGCAGUGCCUCCUGCAGCAGCGAGAAGUGGUGCAGUCUCUGGAACAGCAGCUGGAGCUGGAAAAGGAGAAGCUGGGUGCUAUGCAGGCCCACCUGGCCGGGAAGAUGGCACUGUCAAAGGCUCCAGCUAUGGCCUCGGUGGACAAGAACUCCUGCUGCAUUGUAGCUGCGAGCUCGCAGGGCAGUGUUCUCCCAGCCUGGUCUGCUCCCCGGGAGCCCUCAGACAGCCUGUUUGCCGUGCGGAGGCACCUCUGGGGAAGCCAUGGAAACGGCACCUUUCCAGAGUUCUUCCACAACAUGGACUAUUUCAAGUUCCACAACAUGAGACCGCCCUUCACCUACGCCACCCUCAUCCGAUGGGCCAUCCUGGAAGCUCCAGAGAAGCAGAGAACACUCAAUGAAAUCUACCACUGGUUCACAUGCAUGUUUGCCUACUUCAGAAACCACCCGGCCACCUGGAAAAAUGCCAUCCGCCACAACCUGAGCUUGCACAAGUGCUUUGUGCGAGUGGAGAGUGAGAAGGGAGCAGUGUGGACCGUAGAUGAGUUCGAGUUUCGCAAGAAGAGGAGCCAACGCCCCAGCAAGUGCUCCAACCCUUGCCCUUGACCUCAAAACCAAGACAAGAAAGAUGGACAGGGGCCAAAACACGCAACUUAGGCUGUGGAGGCAAGGAGGCAAGUCCCGGACAUAUCUACAGAGACCAGGCAAUGAUGCUUCCACCGUCUUGCCUGUCUGCUCCCGGUCUAGCUGCCCUCCUGGAUUGUAUCUUCUGCCGUAAGGCUGAGGGACACCAAUCCCAGCCCAGCCCCUAUCCCCAACCCAUUCCCAAGAUGGGCUUUCCAGCCAAACAGCCCUCAUACAUACAUAUACAUACAUACAGCCUGCCUUGGCCACUCCCAAGCAGGAAAAUGACACAGACACACACAGUCAUAAUCCUGUCCCCUGGACUCAACCCAAACCCUAAAACACAAAGAGCCUGCCUUGGUACAUUCUUCUGCCCUCAAAGUUGCAUGGUCCUGCAGUCUCACACGACUGCAAUCUUAUUGACUCCUACCCCAAAGCCCUCACGCACAACAUCUGGAACCAUGGGCACUAUCACAUAUAGGUGUAUAAGCAGACCCUUGCACAAGAGCAGCACUGGAACCUUCCAGAUUACAUCCCAGAAAACCACACAGGCAUAACUGGUCAUACACAGCCUCAUGCAAUGCCCCCAAAUAAUCAACAGUCAGACACAGCUUGUCAGAACUCACACAUGCACACACAUGUAGCCCCCUCCACUGUAUGUCCUGAGCUCCAUGAAUACACACUGAC